AUGUUUCAGCAGCAAAAUUCAAUAAAAUUGCAAGCAGGUGAAGAGAAUUCGGAUUAUAUUCAUAUAAUUCGCGUCGGGACCUUCAAAGAGCAUUCAGCUACAGAUUCAAAUUUCGAAAACAUGGAUGAUAAAUGGCGUGAAUCAGCACCAAUCAAUAAUAUCGAAAAUUCUUCGUGGAUUCGAAUUUUUCGCGCUUUUGAUGUAGAUCAUGAUGGUUUUAUCCAGUGUAAAGAUAUGCAACAAGUAAUUCGAGAUUCAACAUAUUCUUUUGGUUUUGAUCACUAUGAGGUACGGUAUUUUUGCCACGUGACAAUAAUUUUGAUUUACCAAUUAUUUUUUGCAGCUUCAAAAAAUGUCAUUGUUUCUUGAGAUGCGCGAAGGGAAACCGAUCGAUUUUACUGAUUUUUGUUAUUUGGUACGUUUGAUACUCAGUCAAGAAAAUGUACGCAGCAAAUUCCAGAUGAGCAAAUGCAAAGGCUACAAACUUCGUGAAUUCCUUUUCACUGCAGCAAUGUCAAUCACACCAAAACCUCAGCGAAUUGUUGUUUUCAGCAAAUUACAGCGCUACAAAUGUCUUCCUCCACCAAUUUUUAUGCUUUUAGUUAGCAUAAUUCAAUUAAUUUUCUAUAUUUAUUAUGUGAUCGAUUCAAAAGAAGGUGUUUGGUCGAACGGACCAAUUCCAACGAUUUCCGAACUUAUCCUAAAUCCAAGGCAUUUCAGCUUUGCUGAAUUUUGGCGAUUUUUCACAUAUCCUUUGAUUAACAUCGGAAUUUUCCACGUGAUUUUCAAUAUUUUUAUCCAAAUAUUUAUCGGGAUCCCUAUGGAAAUUUGCCACGGAUUUUCCCGCGUAUUUUUGAUCUACUUAUUUGGUGUGAUAUUUGGUGCAAUGAUGCAUUUGGCUAUGGAUCCUGGAGUGUUUUUGAUGGGCGGUGCGGCUGGAAGUUUUGCGAUUCUUGCAUCGCAUUUGGUGAUAUUGACGAUGAAUUUGGGGGAGAUGGAAGGAGCAUUGAAGAGAGUUGUGGGAUUUGCGAUUUUUGGAGCCAUGGAUUUGAUGUUGGCAAUUUAUCAGAGGUUUUAUAUGAGUUAUCGGGUGGAUAAGGUGAGAAACAAGAAAAUAUUUUUGACUGCAAAAAUCUAGUUAAUAUUGUAGUUUUAAAAAUAGUAAAAGAUUUAUGGACAUUUUUAAGCAGCCAAAUUUUGCAAAAUUUUUGCUGUUUCAUAAAAAUUGUUGUUCUUUUAUUCAAAAAUAUCAUGUUUGACUGAAAAAUCCUUCAAAAGUUCAUUUUUUUCCUUAUAAAAUUUUUUUGAAAUUAUAAAAUUUCACUGUUUCAAAAUUUCCAAAUAACUUUCCGUGAAAUUUUUGAUUUUGAUGGUUCGUCGUCGGAAUCAAAAAAUAUUUCAGUAAAUUUUAUAAUAAUUUUCCGAUAUGAAAAAAUUAUGUCACGUGGAAUGUCACGUGGAAUGACCAAAUGAUUUUUUGGAAAUUGUGUACACUCUGUUCAUUUUCCACCUUGAACAACCGAAUUGCAAUGUUUCAAUAAAAAAUUAUAUGAAAAUUUUGAAACAGUUAUUUUUUCCAUUUAUAUUGAGUCAUCAAUAUUCCAUAAAAUUUCUAAUUUUCAAAAAAUUUCAUAUGAGACAGUUUAAACGGUGAAUAUUUCUAGAAUAUUAUUCCAAUUAAAAUUAUUCCAAUUCAAUUCACACAUCAUCUCUUCUAUUAUCAAACUUCAAAUUUUCUUCGAAAAUUCAUAUGAACUUUUUGAAUCAGUAAAUUUUUGUGCUUACAGAAAUGUUUUUUUGACAAAAAGUAACUUUGACUGUUCCAAUUUCACUAAUAAAGUAUGUGAGUCUUGAAAAAAAUUAAUUAACUUUUGAAACAGCGAAUUUUUUUGAGAAAAACGAACCGAAAAAGAUGGUGUUCACAUUUUCCUUCACCCAAUUCAUAAUUCCAGGUAUCAUUCUACGGUCCAAUUGGUGGCCUUUUCGCUGGCAUAUUCUUCACAUUUAUCCUACUAAAACAUCCGAAAUCCUCUCGUUUAUUCACUGUUUCAUUUUGGAUUUCUUUGGUUUUGGCAUUUUUCUACAUGGCAGUUUGUAUAACUCUAAUUAUUGCACCUAAUUAUUUGCAACAUUAA